AUGACUGAUACGGACGGGGCGCUGGCCUGGGAGAAAAUGAAUGGCCUUUUACCGGCUGUUGUGCAGGAUGCCGACAGCGGUGAGGUCCUGAUGGUCGCGUAUAUGAACGAAGAAGCGCUAGCGAAAACCAGGCAGAUUGGCCUGGUAACGUUUUUUAGCCGGUCAAAACAGCGACUGUGGACCAAGGGGGAAACAUCGGGCAACGAAUUGGUUCUCGUUGGCACAUAUGCUGAUUGUGAUGGCGACGCGUUGCUACUAACCGCCCGCCCGAGGGGCCCGGUGUGUCACCUAGGAACACAGACUUGCUUUGCUGAUGAAGCGCUCGUGCCAGUGGCGUUUUUGGCCAGGUUGCAGCGCUUGAUUGACCAGCGUAAUGAGCAAAGGCCAGCCAAGAGUUAUACCACUUCGCUUUUUGAGCAGGGGACGCGUCGAAUCGCUCAGAAAAUCGGCGAGGAGGGGGUUGAGGUAGCCCUAGCAUUGACCACGACUGAUACAGAAGAGGUGUUGGCUGAGUCAGCCGAUUUGCUGUUCCAUUUGAUGGUUGGUUUGUCCGACCGUCAGCUCAGCAUUUCGGACGUGCUUAACACGCUGGCCAAACGGCACGCGGCUGGCUAA